AUGGCUCAAGGCAGCAAUUAUCCGAGGUUCUCAGAACGACCAGUUGGCAAACACAUCGAUAGCAUCUACCGAGAUCGUUUAGAAACGUUUGUUCAGCCUGGUCAAUAUGAGACGCAAAAUAUUCUCUCAUCGUUGUAUAACGCAAGAUACUCAGGCGAACCAUCAUUGAAACUAUCUGUGUGGUCUGCCCCGGACCUUUCCCGGCCGACUUUUAAGGAAGCCAUAACGCAGCAGUUCCAGCCCACUGAGGCAGGCCAAUCCUUCGGACCUGGAUGGUCUACGCACUGGUUCAAGGUGCAAAUGCGAGUACCCCCAGAGCUGAAGAAUGAAGAGACCAUAGAGUUACAUUGGGAUGCUAGUAACGAAGGUAUGAUCUGGGGCGAAGACGGGCACCCACUGCAAGGCCUCAGUGGAGAAGGAGAGCGGGUAGAAUGGAUCAUUCCAUCUAAAUUUAGGGACAGCAAGGAACACACAUUUUAUUUGGAAAUGGCGUGCAACGGCAUGUUUGGUCUCGGAAAGGGCGCAAGAAAUCAGCCUCCAGAUCCCGACCGAUAUUUUACCCUGGAGAAAGCUGAGAUUGUGGCCGUCAACAAAGAAGCACGGGCAUUGUAUUUUGACUUUUCCGUCAUUAGCGACGCGGCGCGGCAAUUCCCUGAACACUCAUGGGAGCGCCAUAAGGCACUCAAGGUUGCCAAUACUAUCAUUGAUGUAUUUACGGCCGGCGACGGAAGCGAUACUGCUAUUCAGGAGGCCAGGAAAUUAAGCCGCGAGUACCUUGGAGACAAAGUCGACCAGGAAGGGGUUUAUGACAGCGAUACCGAGCCAAUCGUCUAUGCUAUUGGGCACUGCCAUAUUGAUACUUGCUGGCUAUGGCCAUGGGAAGAGACAAAACGGAAAGUGGCACGGUCCUGGUCUAAUCAGUGCGAUCUCAUGGAUCGCUAUCCAGAACAUCGUUUUACUGCAUCUUCUGCCCAGCAAUUCAAGUGGCUUAAGCAAUAUUACCCGUCGGUAUAUGCGAGGGUCAUGGAUAAAGUCAAGCAAGGGGCAUUCCAGCCUAUCGGUGGCAGCUGGGUAGAGCAUGAUACGAACAUGCCCAGCGGCGAAUCUUUGAUUCGUCAAUUUCUCUAUGGGCAGCGUCUCUUUCAAAGAGAGUUCGGCAAGCGAUCUCAAACAUUUUGGCUUCCAGAUACCUUUGGAUAUACCAGCCAGCUUCCGCAGCUAUGCCGCCUAGCUGGAAUGCAUCGUUUUGUGACCCAGAAACUCAGUUGGAAUAACAUCAACAAUUUUCCGCACACAACUUUCAACUGGGUUGCUCUUGACGGAAGUCAAGUAUUAUGUCAUAUGCCCCCUUCGGAAACCUACAACGCCGAUGCUCAGUUCAGUGAACUUGUCAACUGCAUCGAUCAGCAUAAAUCGUUGGACCAAGAUGCUUCGUCGUUGCUGAUAUUUGGGAAAGGCGACGGGGGAGGUGGUCCGACUUUCCAGCAAAUUGAAACUCUGCGUCGGUUUCGGGGCUUGAGCGAUAAAGUCGGACUUCUCCCUCGAGUUCACCACGGCAAGUCCGUGGAUGAGUUCUUCGAGACGUUGGAACGCAAGGCAGCGAAUGGCACUGAAUUCGUUACCUGGUAUGGAGAACUAUAUUUUGAGUUGCACAGGGGAACCUACACCACGCAGGCGAAAACCAAAUGGAAUAACCGAAAGGCAGAGAUCAUGAUCCAUGACAUUGAAUAUGUCGCCACUCUAGCGAGCGUCAAGAACAGCGGCUACAAAUACCCGAAAAUGGAAAUUGACGACAUCUGGGAACGCAUCCUAUUAUGCCAGUUCCAUGACUGUCUGCCAGGGAGCUGCAUUAGGAUGUGCUACGAUGACUCCGACAAGCUUUACACUGAGGUAUUCGCAAGUGGACAAAGAUUGCUCAAACAUGCACUCUCAGCACUGGGAUUUUCGGAUGACGUUUCCUCUAGCCAGGGCAGAAUUGCACUCAACACUCUACCAUGGCCACGCAGAGAACUGGUUCAACUUUCGUCCUCUCGAUAUGCUGUGAUCGAGGGAGGCCUUGGUGUGGCUUCUGUCAAAGAGCUUCCGAGAACGCCAGCUGGGUCUGCUGCCAGCGUCGCCGAAAUUCGAAAAGGCGUCUUUCAACUAUCGAAUGGGCAAUACAAGCUAGAGAUCGAGAAGGGAUCAAUUAUCUCGCUCAUUGAUCUCUCGGACGAUCGCCAAGUGCUCGCCCACGGUGGCAAGGCCAAUCAAUUUGUUAUUUUCGAUGACAAGCCUUUGUACCGUCAGGCUUGGGAUGUCGAGGUAUACCAUCUCAGCUCCCGAAAGGAGUUGCAGGGCGAAACUUCCGCCGUUGCUGAGCAGGGCCCGUACAAAGCAAGUGUCGUCACAAAAACUAUCAUAAGCGAAAAGAGCUGGCUGAAAUCGACCAUUAGCCUCCAUUCUCCUAUAGGUGGCGAACCCUCUGGCAUCGAAAUCAACACCGAGGUCGAAUGGCACGAGGAUAUGAAGUUUCUGAAAGUCGAAUUCGACGUCAACGUAACAAACACUGAGGCUUCAUACGAAACUCAAUAUGGAAUUGCCAAAAGACCGACGCAUUACAAUACACAGUGGGACAUGGCCAAAUUCGAGGUUUGUUGUCACAAGUGGGCAGACCUCUCAGAGAAUGGCUACGGUGUUUCCAUUUUGAACGACUGCAAAUAUGGCUUCGCCACCUGUGGUCAUUUGAUGCGCUUGUCUCUCCUGCGCUCUCCCAAGGCCCCCGACGCUUGUGCUGACAUGGGUCUCCAUCAUAUCCGCUAUGCGAUUUUCCCCCACCAGGGUCCUUUGGACUUUAGAACCGUGCGCGCUGGAUAUAACUUCAACAACCCGAUGACUAUGAUUGUGGGACUAGGCUCAUCAGGCUCAACAUCGUUGGAUGACAUCGACCUAAUCGGCAACAAAUCACUAAUCCUUGAUGCUGUCAAACGUGGGGAAGAUGAUGAGGAUGUCUCGUUGGGUGACUUCGAAAGCCGGAAAGGCCAAAGUAUCAUGAUCCGUAUUUUUGAGAGUCUGGGAGGGUCUGCAAGUGGUAUAAUCAAGACUACCUUGCCAGUCACGAAUGCAUGGAAGUGCAAUAUCUUGGAGGACGACGAGGAGCUGCUUGAAAUCAGAGAUGGCAAAGUCAAUAUCGCCCUGCGCGCGUUUGAAGUCGCCACAUUCAGGUUGCAACUGUGA